UGACAAAUAGUUGGGGAAAAAUCAAAAAUCAAAACAAUAACACGCGUUUCACUUUAAAUUACCUUUUCAGCUAUUUCAAAAAAAUUAUUGGAAGAAUUGUACUCUAAUUGUUUAAUUUUAUAGUUAAAUACGUAUCGUUCAGUUCCAUAAAAUGGAUGACGAAGCGGAAACUUACAAACUAUGGAGAAUCCGUAAGACCGUUAUGCAGCUCUGUCAUGAUAGAGGAUAUCUAGUCACCCAAGAUGAAUUGGACCAGACCCUUGAACAAUUUAAAGAACAUUUUGGCGAUAAGCCUAGUGAAAAGAGGCCAUCCAGAAGUGAUCUUAUUGUUCUAGUAGCUCACAAUGAUGAUCCCACGGAUCAAAUGUUCGUUUUUUUCCCAGAAGAGCCAAAGAUUGGCAUAAAAACAAUUAAGACCUACUGUCAAAGAAUGCAGGAUGAGAAUAUUCAUAGAGCCAUUAUUGUAGUGCAGGCUGGUAUGACUCCGUCUGCCAAACAAUCGUUAGUGGAUAUGGCCCCAAAAUAUAUUCUUGAACAAUUUUUGGAGUCUGAACUACUUAUUAAUAUAACUGAGCAUGAAUUAGUACCCGAACAUGUGGUCAUGAAUCCUGAGGAAAAGGCCGAACUUUUGGCGAGGUAUAAAUUGAAAGAAAAUAUGUUGAUGCGAAUUCAGGCAGGAGAUCCAGUAGCUCGGUAUUUCGGUUUAAAACGUGGACAGGUAGUCAAAAUCAUCAGACCUUCAGAGACGGCGGGAAGAUACAUUUCCUACAGAUUAGUUUGUUGAAUUCAACGAGUCGAGUUUAUGUUUAUUUUAAGUAAAAUAUGUCAGUGACUAUACAGCUUUAGUAAAUUUUUUUUUUGUAA